AUGGAGGAAAAAGAGCACGAGCCGCGGAAGCUCUUCAUCGGCGGGAUCCCGCGCUGGGGGUACACUGCGGACAUGGUCAGGGCCCACUUCGCCCGCUACGGGCACGUGGUGGAAGCGCUGGUGAUGGCGUAUCCGGACGGCUGCGGCCGCUGUUUCGGCUUCGUCGAAUUCGAGGACGAGGAGGCGGUGCUCAGGGCGUUGGACUCCAAGGAGAGCGACAGGCUCGACGCCUUUUUCGGCUGCAAGGUCAAUGUGCUGAGGGCAGAAAAGAAACAAGAAACAAGAUCUGCACAGACUAGCACUACCUCUAAUUCAAAUGUUGGUUUGAAGAUAUUUGUGGGAGGAAAGCCAAAGGGUUUUGGCUUUGUCACAUUUGAUUCCAAGGAAGCUACAGUCAAGGUUUUAAAGGAUAGGUUUCAUUAUUUGAACGGGAUAAGUUUUGGCUUUGUCACAUUUGAUUCCAAGGAAGCUACAGUCAAGGUUUUAAAGGAUAGGUUUCAUUAUUUGAACGGGAUAAAAGUGGAAACUAAAAAUGCUGAACCAAAAGAUCGGCGCAGGUAUCAAAAUGGACACUGUUAUGAUUCAAUGGACAUGGUCAAGGGCAGAAUGUACUCUCUGCACAGUAGGUAUUAUGAUUCAAUGGACAUGGCCAAGGGUGGAAUGUACUCUCCGCACAGUUUACCUUAUGUCCCUUACUACAAUGGUCCUUAUUUGGCUUAUCCAUACCCAUAUCCCUAUCAUUACACACCUUAUGGAAUCAUAGACUAUGGCUACAUGGGGAACCAAAUGGACAACUCAUACGAUAGCAGAUUGAGUCACGUCAAGGGAAGUCAGCAGAAAAUUGGCAUACCGGCUUCCACUGGCAUGAAAUCAGACCUUGUGAAGUCAGAUUCCAACAACUUACUGUGA